CGACCGAGAGAGGUUGUGUCCAGCUCUUCACCAUGAGAGAGAUCGUCCACAUGCAAGCCGGCCAGUGCGGCAACCAGAUCGGUGCCAAAUUCUGGGAGAUCAUCAGCGAUGAGCACGGCGUGGACCCCAGCGGCACCUACCGCGGCGACCACGACCUGCAGCUCGAGCGCAUCAACGUCUACUACAACGAAGCAACGGGCGGCAAAUACGUGCCCAGAGCCGUGUUGGUCGAUCUGGAGCCCGGAACGAUGGAUUCCGUGCGAUCCGGGCCUUUCGGACAGCUUUUCCGGCCAGACAACUUCGUAUUCGGCCAGAGUGGCGCGGGCAACAACUGGGCUAAAGGGCACUACACGGAGGGCGCUGAGCUCGUUGACUCGGUGCUGGACUGCGUCAGGAAGGAGAGCGAGGGCUGCGACUGCCUCCAGGGUUUCCAGAUGACCCACUCACUGGGGGGCGGAACUGGGUCAGGAAUGGGCACCCUCCUCAUCUCCAAGAUCAGGGAGGAGUAUCCCGACAGAAUCAUGAACACCUUCUCGGUCGUGCCGAGUCCAAAGGUAUCCGAUACGGUGGUUGAGCCGUACAAUGCGACUCUGUCUGUACAUCAGCUCGUUGAAAACACCGACGAAACUUUCUGCAUCGACAAUGAAGCCUUGUAUGACAUUUGCUUCCGCACACUAAAGUUGUCAACCCCAACUUACGGUGACCUGAACCACCUGGUGUCGUUAACAAUGUCUGGAGUAACAACUUGCCUAAGAUUUCCAGGCCAACUAAAUGCGGACCUCCGAAAAUUGGCCGUCAACAUGGUGCCGUUUCCCCGACUGCAUUUCUUUAUGCCAGGUUUCGCGCCUUUAACAUCGCGUGGCUCACAAAUGUACCGUGCACUAACUGUUCCCGAGCUGACCCAGCAGAUGUUUGAUGCUAAAAACAUGAUGGCAGCGUGCGACCCGAGACACGGUCGUUACCUCACAGUUGCCGCCGUCUUCAGAGGCAGGAUGUCAAUGAAGGAGGUAGAUGAACAGAUGCUUAAUAUCCAAAAUAAGAAUUCCUCUUACUUCGUCGAAUGGAUCCCGAACAACGUGAAAACAGCUGUUUGUGACAUUCCUCCGCGAGGUAUCAAGAUGGCGUCAACAUUCAUCGGCAACUCGACUGCCAUACAGGAGCUUUUCCGUCGUAUUUCUGAGCAGUUCACGGCGAUGUUCAGACGCAAGGCGUUCCUGCACUGGUACACGGGCGAGGGGAUGGAUGAGAUGGAGUUCACCGAGGCCGAGUCCAACAUGAACGAUCUGGUCUCUGAGUAUCAGCAAUACCAAGACGCCACUGCAGAGGAGGAGUUCGAAGACGAAGAAGAGCACGCUGAAGAAGCCUAAAUGCAGCGUGUACACGGGCACAGUUUUGGCGGUCAGUAUAAUUUUCCAAUACUAACCGUCACUACUUAUCAUGCUAAAAACCUAUUAGACAAGGCCUAUAUAGCAUCAUCAUGAGUUGCAGUUAGCAUUUAAGUCGAACUGGCUGCCACUACUGGCACAUUGACACAUAAACCUUUAGAAUUCAGAUAUUCUAAUAUUAAAUGACGUGAAACAUUUUUAUGAGAAUUUCA